AUGGACUGUUACGAUGAUACUGUCAAGCUUGAUAUUUUCAAGUAUCCCACAACUUACCAAUGUGACUACAAACCGUAUUGCGAUUACAAAAAGGAAGUAUACAAACAGACCAGUGAAAGGAGUGAAUCUUUAAAAAAAAUAAAUCCACCACCCCCAAUCGAUGAUCAUGAAAGUUUUGCCAGAUGGAGAGAUGGUAUUCACAUACCUUUUGAUCUACUUUUACAACCAAAACCAAUGGUCGGCACAGAUCCUCACAGACCCUUCCAAAAGUUGGCACCGAUCGAAAGCCUUCAGAAAGAAGAGUCUAUUAAAACAAGGCCACGCGUUUAUAUGACUCCAGCAUCUAGCAUGGACGACAUUGAAGAUCAAGAAAUGAGAGAAAUGCUUUGUAAUUAUAUGUAUACUACUGAAUGGAGAAAUGCAGAGAAAGAAGCCACAGCAAAUUGUGACAAGAAGAAAACAAGAAUACUGUCUGACGGGAGGAAUAUCUCUACUACUGAUCCUGUAAAACUACAAGUUGACAUAUACAAACCGAUUGAAGAAAGUUUUCAACGCAAGGGGAAACAAUGGGACAAUCCUCAAUUAAGGAGUUUCACAGAUCCCACGAGAGAAUUUUGGAUUCACAAGGACCCUCCAGUGUUAUGUGGCGCAUGCGUGGAUCCCUUCGAAGACGCAGUCCCGAAUGAAACCAAGAAAACCAUAUCUGCAUUAAUCAAUGACGACAAGUUACGUUUAGCUCACGACUACCCACCACCUAGCUAUGCAGGAUAUAGAAUGAGACUUGCCAAGGGAGUCCCCUUGUCCAAGGUCGACUUGCCCACCAUUCAUCCUUUUCUUUCCACUUCCCAGGCCAUAACGGCUCGCUAUGCUAAAGAUUUAAAGAAAUGAGGAAUAAAAUAUUCUGGAUAGGUAUAACACUAGUUUUUAUUUAUGAGAACUGCUGAAAGUACGCUACAGGGUUAAAAGAAUAUCACAUUUUUGGAAUGUUAUACUCUUAAAUAUAAUAUACAUUCUAGCACCUAUACUAAAAAAAAUUGAAGAUCAUUCAAUGCGACCUUCAAAAAUUACU